GAAUAGUGUUCAAUGGUUCGGUCCGAGACACUUUGUUUAUCUCCCACAGAGCCAGGGCUGUGUAUGAACAGCAGAUUUUUCAACAACAAUAAAGUUGAAUUGAACUGAAUUGAUUUUAAUUGAAUUGAACUGAACUGAACUGAACUAGCUAAGCACCCUAGUUAGAGCACAUGUACGCUUAUUGGAGCGCACCGAGUGAACUGUUGUGACGCGCUGGGUUUCUUCUGACCAAUCAGAGACACGUACCGGCAUGACGUGUCACAGAGGACUGAAUGGAAGCAAACACGUGAAUCAGGGCGAGAUGUCUUAACUACUUCAAGGCAGAACACCAAGAAGAGAGUUUUGUGCCCUGUAAUCGGAUCCUAGGAUCGACGUGGUGUUUCUCUCGCUCUAUGGGAGUUUUAUUGUCAGCGGGUGGUGAAGUGUAAAGCCUGGAAAGCCUCGUUCCGGACAUGGAGGGUCGCCGUCACGUUUUCACCUACACCGACCAGAACUUCGUGCGUGAUGUGCGCCGGACUGACGGAGAGACAGAAGGUCAGGCCCUGUCCGGAUACGACACAGCUCUGAGAUCCGGCUGGGCGGAGAAGAUGAGCCGCGGGCUUUUCAGGUACCAUCUCGGAGAGCUGGAGACGAGGGUCCUACCCGGCGAGGCGGGGUACGUCGCCCAGCUGAACAUCCAGAGGGGCAUCGAGAGGCGGAAACCUCAGGAGAUCCUGAGCAUCCGACAGAACUUCGACCCCAAACAGUUCAACUUCAACAGGAUAAAGCCGGAGGAGGUGCUGUUUGAAAUGUGUAAGGCUGAACCGAGCUCCACGGAGAGCUGUUUACAGAACGGCACGACCACCGCGACCACCGGCUCCUGUGUGGUGAUCAUAAACGUGAGCCCGCUGGAAUUUGGACACAGCCUGCUGCUGCCUGAGCCAGAGCGGUGCCAGCCGCAGAUCUUAACGCCUCAGGCCGUGCAGGUCGGCCUCGAGUCGGUGUUUCUCAGCGCUGAUCCGGGCUAUCGAGUCGGCUUCAACAGCCUGGGUGCCUUCGCCUCUGUCAAUCACCUACACCUUCACGGAUAUUACCUGAAGCACGCGCUGAGGGUCGAGUGGGCCCCCACCGAGCCCCUCACUCCAGAGAAGAGCCUCUAUCGUCUAGAGUGUUUCCCUAAAGGCUUCAUGUUCUACACUGAGGGUGAGGAUCCGGGUGGGACCGCCGAGGCCGUGUGUGAGCUCACAGAUGUUCUGGUUGACAGAAACAUCGCGCACAACGUGUUCAUGACCAGAGGCUGCCCGCCCAGCACAGAGGCGAAGCGCUCAGCCCUCAGACGGGGAGUGCGCAUUUAUGUCUGGCCCAGAGUUUCCUGUUUCGGUGCCAAAGAGGAAUCCGCCUUCAACGUGGCCCUGUGUGAGCUGGCCGGACACCUUCCCUUCAAAAACAAGGAGGACUUCAGCAAGAUAGACGAGGACGGAGUGAAGGCCAUCGUUCAGAGAUACGUCAUCAACGACCAAGAGUUCACUGAACUAGAAAAACGAGUUGUUGGAAAGUUACAAACUUGUUAGCUUUGUGGUGUUUUGAAUAGCUGUUAAUGAGGGUUCAAUUUGACCCCAUUCGAUAUUUAUCAUAUUUAAAUAAAUGGUUGUCAUUUUUUUGGCGAAGAAACAAAAUACUUCACACAAUUUUGGUUAACAGUCUUAAUUACUACAUUACAGUAAACAUGCCAGUACUUUUCUCCUUACCUGCAGUGGUGUUACAGUUGUUUGGACCACAGAAUGUGUGGAGAGGAAAACUGCUACUCAGUAAAAACAGUCAGUUCCGGGUUUGUCAGGCACUAGAGGGCGCUCCCAAACGAGUCCAAAAUGAAUGGGUUACUGUGGAGCAUUUGAGCAAAAUCAUAGUUUGUAAAUGCUUGAACAUUUCUUCAUAUAGAAGAAUACAUUAAUUUCCUGAACACAGAACAGCACAAAACAUUUUAACACCGCUGUUAAAUUUUUGAGCGCUAUUGAACUCCAGUUAUAGGAGUUAGUGAGUGCAAACCUGCACUGGGCCAAUGAGCUGAUCAGUUCGCCAAGCAAUCGGCACUCAGCAGCGGUGAUGCUACCCAAUCAGCUCUCAGUAGCGGUGAUGCUACCCAAUCAGCUCUCAGUAGCGGU